UAGAAGUUGUACAGGGCUGGAGUAACAGCCAAAAUGGAGUGCUACCGGUCAUCGUGUGUGGUGAUUUUAAUUCAACACCGGAAUCAGCGGUUUAUGAACUCCUCACGACUGGUCGGCUGAGCCCCUCCUCCAUACCGGAUGACCCUUAUGGUAUACUUCCACCGGUAAACCAGAUGCACCACUCGUUGCCAUUGCGUUCGAUAUAUCCGGCUGUAGUUAAUAGUGAAGCUACUUAUACGAAUUACACGCAGAAGUUUCAGGGUACGCUGGAUUAUAUAUGCUUUACUCAAAAUUCUCUUCGAGGGCUGGCAGUGUCUAACACAUACAGUUAUGAGGAGCUGAGUGCUGAGACGGCGCUGCCGAGCCCAACACAACCUAGUGAUCAUAUACUAACCGUUGGUGUGUUCGCGUAUACGUAGUGAUACCAGAACUUACGGAACUCCUCUGAAAAUGGAGGAUGUGACUUUAUGUGGCCGCCAAAUUUCGCCAAAUGUGUGAUGUAUAAUAUAACGGCCGCUAUGAGGUGUCAUGGUUGGAGCCCCAUCUCCCAUAGUAUAAUUUUGUGGCGCAGUGACGGAUCCAAAGAAUGAACAGAAUGUCUCUGGCGUAUUGGCUCUUCGAAGCAGUUGAUAUGUUUCUGCUAGCGCUGCGUACCGUAUUAUUGUAUCAUUUUCAUCGUACAUAUAUUUCUUCGGUCAAUGUUUAUGGGUUGAAAUAGUGUAGUAGGGGAUGAUCGCGUGCUGUCCAUCGGAUGGUCGUGAGUUCUAUCCCCGCACGUUGCAAAUGUAUGAUCCCUUAACAUUGCUCAAUCCAUUGGAGAGUUAGAUAUCCAACGACUCACUUAGCAUCCUUGGCAUAUUCCCUUCAUACCAACUAGGUG